AUACCACACAAGUUAGGUUAACGUUAAAUGUUAAAUGUUAAUGUUUAAAAAUUAAAAGGCAUGAUUAAGUUUAAGUUACCUAGAAAUUUACCGAAUUCCACAUUUCAACACUGUAAACUUUGUUCUUCUCGAAAUAACUUUAAAGACAGUCCAAAAAGUUUACAAAAAAGUGAAGACAAUGAGCUUAUCCCAAAAAAAUAUGAUCCAAAACAAAUUUCUAGAAAUGAUAUGAAAUGGAGAACACCUUGGCAUCAAAAAGAAGGCCAGUAUUAUAAUUUCCUAAGAACUUUCUACAAAGAAGACAACAACAGAAGUGUUCUAAAAACAUUACAAACACCCAUUGAUGUGUCUCCGUCAAGUAUUAAAAACUGGUGGUCUUCGAAGACAGAAGAAAGAGAUAUUAUUUUGCAGUCGUAUCUGCCUCAGAGAAAUCAAAUGUUAGGUAAUGAAUUAGCUGCAGCUCAUUUUAUUGUUCAUCGUGGUGGUUCUGUUAAAUUUUUUAAUGAAGAAAAGUGGAUAAAAGCCAAUGAACACAAUGAAUAUACUCUACCAAAGUUUUAUGAGGAAGGGAAAAUUCUUGAAGCCAUUGACUGUAGCGAUAUGAAUUUAAUGUAUGAAGGUUUAGUAAAUCUAAGAGAUCUAAAAAAUGUUGUGUGGUUGAGUCUUAACGGUUGUGAAAAAAUGGAUGACUGGUGUAUGGACAGAAUAAGCAAUAUUUUUAGUCAUAGCUUGGUUUAUUUAGAUCUAAGAAAUUGUCCGAAUAUUACAGACCGAGGAAUUGGUGCGUUGUAUAAGCUGAUGAAAUUAAAAAUUUUAUAUCUAGAUGAUUUUCUGCGGUCAACCACGUACGAAAUGACUUGUUUACUUUUACAGGAAGCAAAUCCUCAGUUAGAUAUAAGAAGUGAUCCUGUAGUAUUUGAAACAUAAAUAAAUCUUGUCAACACAU